AUGAGGGUCUCUGAUGUUGCUUCAGAGCUCGGGGCGACAAUGGAGGAGUCGCAGAACCAGCGCGACAAGCGCGUCGAGGAGCUCUGGAGGAAGCUCGACCCCGCAGGAACCGGGGAGCUGGAUUUCAAGGGCCUGCAAAAGGGGUUGAAGCGGAUUGAUCACCGUGCGUUAGGGAACCACAACGGCAAAUUCCGGGUUUUUGUCGAAACUGCCGAGAGGGAGUUGCUCGAGCUAUUCCGCUCGAUUGAUCGCGACAAGGACGGGCGAGUCAACAAGGCGGAGCUCCAGACGGCCUUUCAGCAUGCCGGCAUGAGCGUGCCAAGUCGGAGACUCUCAGGCUUUUUUAACGAGAUUGACCUCAACCGUGAUGGCUUUAUCACUUUUGAUGAAUGGCGCGAUUUCUUAUUGUUCAUGCCGAACAAUGGCAAUGGGUCACCGUUAGAGGCUGCACUCUCAUUCUAUUCAUCCAUUGUUACAGUCAACCCAGAGGGUGAUUCAGUGGUCAGUGAUGAUACACUGCAAGGUCUAGGUACGACCGGCUUCCUUCUUCACGCUCUUUUUGGUUCCCUGCUCAGAAUCGCCAACCCGGACCUUAUUACCUCUCAUCGUUCCCCCGCGAUCGCAAGCACGACCCCACCCGCCCAUGAUUCACCAUCGCCCACCGACUUUCAAUACAUUGAAGGACAACAAACAUCACCAAUACAAUCGAUACCCAUAGUCUCAGCAGACAUGGCAACGUCUGCGGCAACCGCCCGUUACGGCCCCGCUGUCGCCAUCACCGCUACACCCCAAUUACUCACCGACGCGACAGCUAAGGCACCUAUUUUGCAUUUUGAGAGAGCGCAGCAGUCUGACGCCGCCCCGGAGAUUUUAGUCACAGAGGAGGAGGAGGGUAAUGCAACCAGACUGACAGAUCUGCUACCCGAACCAGGAUACUUCCUCGCCGGUGCCGUAUCAGGUGGUGUGUCGCGGACUGCUACUGCGCCCUUAGACCGCCUAAAAGUCUUCCUCCUCGUCAACACGAAUACCAAGGCCAAUGUAGCCGCCGCUGCCGCUAAGAGCGGCCGGCCGUUGACGGCCCUGCGGAACGCCGGUGGACCAAUUGUUGACGCCGUUGUCAACUUGUGGAAGACGGGGGGGCUCCGCACUUUCUUCGCAGGCAACGGUCUCAACGUCGUCAAGAUUAUGCCGGAGUCCGCCAUUCGGUUCGGCUCGUACGAAGCAUCCAAGCGCUUCCUUGCCGCUUACGAAGGCCACAAUGACCCCACGAAGAUUAGUACGGUCUCGAAAUUUGUGGCAGGUGGUAUUGGCGGCAUGACUGCACAAUUCUGCGUUUACCCGAUCGACACCCUCAAGUUUAGGCUCCAAUGCGAGACCGUGGAGGGCGGACCGAAAGGAAACGCGUUGCUCUUCCGCACGGCCAAGAACAUGUGGGCAGACGGUGGUUUCCGCGCGGCAUACCGGGGCCUCGGCGCCGGCUUGAUCGGCAUGUUCCCUUACAGCGCCAUCGACAUCGGCACUUUUGAAGUCCUCAAGAAGUCGUAUGCCCGGGCCAUGGCGAAAUACUAUGGCGUUCACGAAGAGGACGCACACAUCGGCAAUGUUGCGACGGCAAUUCUGGGCGCAUCAUCGGGCGCAUUGGGCGCCACCAUUGUGUAUCCGCUCAACGUCGUCCGCACUCGUCUUCAGACACAAGGCACCGCCAUGCACCCGCCGACCUACACAGGUAUCGUCGACGUAACGACCAAAACACUCCGAAACGAGGGGGUCCGGGGUCUUUACAAGGGCUUGACGCCCAAUCUCCUUAAGGUCGCUCCCGCUCUGAGCAUAACUUGGGUGUGUUAUGAGAAUAUGAAGAGUUUAUUGAACCUUCAUUGA